AGUCUCGAUUGAUAACGCUAUUUAGGACUAAACAUCAACCUCUUUGCCUACAACACACGGUAGCAGCUGUAGUGUGUCGACUGUCGAAGAAGGCACGCGCGGGCGGAUUACGUUACCAUGGCCCGGCCUGCGUCCCUAAUUAAACCUCUAGCUAGCUAGAGGUGUCAGCAGAAUUGUUCGUGGCUAUUGCCUAUUGGAGUAGUAUUUGGACCGAUGAAGGCCAAACGAGCAGCGCAAAUUGGUAGCCUGGUUUGAUCCGAUCACACGCGCACGUAUGAUCCUGUCGCUGCUACGAUACAAUACAAAACGGAUCACUACAGUAUGUGGCACGUGGUAUAAUGUAUGCGUGCCCAAUAGAUUAAAUAAGGGUAAUGAAUGAAUAAAUAAAUAAAUAAAUAAAAAUUAAAAAAAACAUUCGUUCUACUCGCAUCGGACGGAUUGGGUGGCUUCAGAUGAGAUCGGAUUCAUAUCCCUGCGUCGUCGUCGUUAACUCUGUCUGUCCCUGGCUCUCGAAAACAACCAGUUCAAUCCGGAUAUCGCUCGUGAUCGCGUCGGAUACAUACAUGUAUCGGAUCCUCGGAUUAGGUGGUCCAUCAUCCAUGCUGCGCGAGCGCGAUAGCAACAGACGUGCUCGCGGCGCUCCUCUGAUGAUUCCUCUCCGAUCCGAAUCCGAUGUGACGUGUGACCGGUAACCACUAACCAGUGACCCGUGAGGCCGUACGUGACCAGUCUGCCCUCCUCUUCAUGCAUCUGCUGAUGUGAUGUGACAGUGGUUUGGUCUGGGCUUCAUCAACCUGCAGCUGGUGAUGGUGAAGUGGAUCUCGAUCUCACUGUUUAUGUGUUAUCCAUCCAGCCAUAUCAUUUGCCACAACGCAAGUGUUCAUUACUACUGAAUAACACACACGCAACGCAACUAACCAGAAUAUUCGCAGAGAGGGAUUUCCCAACCGUAUUCUACUCAGCUCAGCCCAUGUGUGCCUACUGCUGCUACUACGACUGUUUAUAUACCCACGGACUCUACCGAGCUUUCUUCACAUCACAUCACAUUGCCAAGAACAAGAGCUCCUCCUCCUGCUGCUGCUGCUCCUCCUCCUUGUCCUCCUCUGGGUGGUCACAACAAUGGAGAGCAAAUCACCCUCCACCUCAUGCGUCAUCAGCCCGGCGGCCACUCCCACCAUGUCAGCCGGCGAGAGCAGCUGGGCCAUGCACAUCGCCAACUUCCUGGCCUCCACGCCGCAGGACGGCACCAGAGUGACGGACGGUCAGCAACCCCCUGCAGUUCCUGGCGGCAGCGGCAGCAGCUUCUCCUCUUCUUCUUCCUUCGAUUCCUUUAGCGACGACGCCUCCUUCAUCACGUCCGAGUUCAUGUGCAAUGACGACGAGGAUGACGACGAGUCCGUGAAGGACACCGCCUGCAGUUCUUCUGCAGCUGCCCAACAGAAGGCUACCAUGGAGAACUUCCACAUGAAGCAAAUGGCAGCCACCGAUGCGAAACAGUUCAACGACAGGCCCCAGCUCAUGGCCAAAUACUUGGAAGCUAUGAGUUCAAAGCAGCAGGUGACGACCGGCGCCGACCAUCAAGCCCCCAUCAGUAGUUCUAGCGCCGAGGAGAAGGCGAUCCACGAGAGCAAUGAGCUGAGGAAGAGAGGCCUUUGCUUGGUCCCUAUCUCUAUGCUGAUAAACUAUCUCGGAUGACUGUUUCUUUUAGUUUCAUGUAUACACCAGUAUAUUUCAAUGCAACUGUAUACAACUUCUAUAGUUAACACAAUACAUCACGCUCUUCUGUCA